AUUUAUUUUCGGGAGUUUGACCACAUCAUCACCGACCCCCAGUGGCUUGCUGAUUUCUUCAGCAUCCUGAUUACCGACGACCAGUUCCUCCCAAAAGGCGACCUUCUCCUGACCAAAGACCUGGACUUGUACAUGACAAAGGGUGAACUGACUGACAAGUUGAUCGACGGUCUUCUUAGUCUGGAAAAGAACCAAGAUUUCUUUCCUUACAAGUCCGCUCUCCUGCCGCUGAUGGUAAAGUUCGGACUAAUAGUAAAGAUACUAAUGUCGGGAACCACUACAGAAAAUGCAGAGUUCAGUAAGACGUACACCAUUCCGAGCAAACUGAUGGAGCUUCAAAGCAUUGAUGAUAUAACCAAAGAAGUCAGCAUCUUUAAACAGAGAAACCUUGCUGUCUCCAAAACCUUAUGCUUCGUGUUUAAAGAUGUUUACGUCCCAGAUGAACUUUUCCAUAGAAUCUUUGCCCAGAUCAUGAGAAGGUACAGAGCAGUGUCACUGUCAACAGACACUUUCUAUGAGCGUGACCAGGUGACAGUAGGCAACACCACUUGUCUAUAUUUGGGCUUUGGAUGUUUCAAAGUCGAUGACCUUUGCAGAAUGAUCGUGUCCAUGCACGCAGAGCGGUCAGCAAUCGCUGUGACUGUGAUCAGUCCAACAGAAUCUCAGCUUCCCGCAGACUCUGGACAGCGUAUUAGGCUCUCGAUCGAACGAAUUCUACUUGAGACGUUGCAAAUGAGUAACCAGCAACACUUUGAGUACGCACAUCAGCUGCACUGCAACUUCCACCUGAGUCCAUACGACACCCCAGUACAGCUGUACGGCGUCAUCCACUCAGAAAGGGGCGUGCCCUGUCAAGGCGGAGAAUGCCUAGGCCAACACCGACUGUCCAGAACAGACACAACGUUUUGGAACAUCACAGAGGUUUCUGCAUGGUUUCAAGGCAAUGGGAAUAUCGCAGGAACAACGGGGGUUGAACCGAAUACCUCUGACAGGAGGCCGUCUCCUCGAGAACUUAGUCGUCUGUCCCGUCUAAUCAACUCGUCUCACAUUGAGCAGUUCUUUGUGGAGCUUGGGCUUCCUAUUCUAGAAGUUGAGCAUACAAAAUGGGAGUGCCGCAACUUACUAGGAAUCACCCUCAUUACCAAGCUGUUCCUUAAAUGGACAAUCGCCUAUCCGAAUAAGACGAUCCAUGACAUCCAACAAGCUAUGGAGGCGGUUGAUAUGGCGACUGACCGUAUCAACGACGCACUAGGAACAGAUGAGGAAUCCCAGGUUCAAGAUAUGGUGCCAUUUGAGGUUUGGAAUAGAGUCCCAUCUGAGGAUGAAAUAAGGAAAAUCGUAAAUUACAUCGACAAAAUGUACUUCAAUAUGUGCCUGGAGCUCGGAUUGUCACCCCCAACUAUAGCGCAAUGUGAACUUUGUCAUCCUACCGACUUCAGGACAAGAAUGAGUGCUCUCCUUCGGUGUUGGAUAGACAGAUACCAGACAGAGGCAACCAUAGGCAGGUUGCUGACAGCCAUGAAGGUUUGUCAGAUGGACUGGCAUACAACAGCAACAAUCUGGUCACCCUGAUAAAGACGAAAUAUGUGAUCUUGUGAAACUAAUUCUUGUGAUUCUGGAUAAGAACACACCUGGUGAUGUUUACUUUCUGAUAACAAAGCUUUAAUAGGACCAUGGAAAAGAGUUUCACAGAAAUGUUUCUAUGAAUUUCAGAGACCUAAUAUUUGACAGUUUAGACAAGGAAAAUAAUCGCUGGUGAACAUUUUAUUAUUCAGGAGACCACUAUAUAGUGAUUCGUAAUAGUGCAUAUACCUUUCAUCUCCAGGAAUAAAUAUUUCGCGAUUUUGCUCCGUGAUCAAAACUCUAUUGAAAAACAUUAUCGUAUAGUCACAAAUCUUAUACUGAGACAUCUUUCUAUCAGCAGUGCAGAAAAUUGAAAAGGUUCAAUGUCCUUAUACUAUCAUAGGAAGUUAAUAUUAAUGAAAUGUAUGCACUAUGUGAUUUAAGAUACUGAGGUAUUUCUAACACAUUCCUUUUUCUUUAAUCGAAAUACUUUCCGUGUAAUUGAGUGAAUUACAAAAUUAACUGAUUAGAGCACAUGUUAAACUACCAACGUUAAGCGCAUUUGUUUAUUUGUCUUCAUUAAAAUCACUUUAUUAUUCACAUGCUACCCUUUGAAAUAUAGUGAUAACUCAUCUGACCGUGUUCAACUUUGGUAUAACUUUGAGCAAAUAAAAUUAACUUUAUUCACUUUAACAUGCAUAAUUCUCUCCUUACAUCAAAUCAAAUGAGGGUGAACACAUUUAACCAUUGUUUACCAUUCUGUAUUGUUUCCUUAAUAUUUCAUAGAUAGUAAUUCGUUUUCAUUAGUGUACUGUAUACGUUUGGGUGUUUUUUUUAACUCUAGGAAUCUUUAAAAGUGUAUACUUUUCAAUUCAUUUUUUUCUGAUUUUGUUUUUACUUUAAUGUUGAACAUAUGUGCACCAAUAUGCAUAAUUAUGUUUAUUAUUUCUAUGUUCAUGUAUAUUUUACACGUUGUAUUGAAUGAGUGAUUUUUUAUUUCAUGUUGAUUAUUAGAAGAUGUAAUCUGCGAACUCUUGGAUUUGAUAACAGCAGAUGUGUAUUGUCAUAAUAUCCUAAACCAAAGUUAGCGUUUUUUGUCUUAUGAUCAACGUUCAGCACUAUAAUCAAUGUAUUUAAAGUAGUAUCCCUAUACACAGACUGUACAUUACAGUAAACCUUAUUUUCAGCACGCCCGUUGCUAAGAGUUUAAAAGACCUCACGAUAAUACCCUUAUUGUAUAAUGUUAACAUAACAAUUCUUGAUUAAAUUUAUACUGAUGAAGAUUUAGGA